UAGCCAGGCAUGGUGGCGGGCGCCUGUGGUCCCAGCUACUCAGGAGGCCGAGGCAGGAGAAUGGCGUGAACCCAGGAGGCUGAGCUUGCAGUGAGCUGCGAUCAUGCCACUGCACUCCAGCCUGGGUGACAGCGCAAGACUCCAUCUAAAAAAAAGAAAGAAAGAAAGAAAAAAAGGCAGGCACCUGCCCUCGGGCUCCCCAGGUGGGCUGCUCUUUGCCUGUGGGCUCUUCCUGCCCGCCUUUCCAGUCCCCAGGGAUCUAAACUCCUGUGACCUCCCCCUUGCUCUUCUUGCCGUUUGCACUGCCUGGCUUGGCCUCAUUAAUGUCCCCUAGUCUGUGUUCUUCUCUCCAGCUCCUCUGGCAACCCCUGACCCCAUUCAUUCGUCACAGCCAAUCCUAACUCCCCUCCAUCCCAACCCCAAUCCCUCUUCCAUAGCUGUUGGAACAUCCUCUAAGCUAAAAAUCAGAUUGCUCCUUGUCACCUUGGCUCGAGUCCUCUCUCCCACUCCCCUCACUGUCCUUAGAAUCCCCGUGGCCCACACGGCCUGGCCUGGCCCGGCCACUGCCUGGGGCUCUGGCACUGUGGCUCACUGCAUCCCGUUUCCCUCUGCACCCUGCAUCCUCUAGGCCUUUCCAGGGGCUGUGCUCUUGGCCUGGGGUUCUUUGUCUUUCUCUCUUUACCUGGCUGACAGCUGCUUGUCCCUCCUCAGGGGAUUAUGUUGGGACCACCAGGCCAGCCCACUGCUGCCCCUUGGCACUUUCAGAAAGCCCUGGCGUGUCUCCGUCACCCCCUUGUAGUUACCUGGUCACCCUCCCUGUCGCUGAGGGUAUGGAGGCCAGAUGGCUCUUGCUGCCCUGAUGUCUUGGGGGGUCUGUCUGGGCCCCUCCUGGUGUGUCACACGCGUCUGGUCCUGGCCUCCUAGGAGGCAGCAUGGCGGGAGCUGGAGGCCGAGCGGUCCCAGCUGCAGAGUCAGCUGCAGCGCGAGCAGGAGGAGCUGCUGGCCCGGCUGGAGGCCGAGAAGGAAGAGCUGAGUGAGGAGAUUGCUACCCUGCAGCAGGAACGCGACGAGGGCCUCCUCCUGGCUGAGAGCGAGAAGCAGCAGGCCUUGUCUCUGAAGGAGUCUGAAAAGACGGCGCUGUCAGAGAAGUUGAUGGGUACACGGCACAGCCUGGCCACCAUCUCCCUGGAGAUGGAGCGGCAGAAACGAGAUGCCCAGAGCCGGCAGGAGCAAGACCGGAGCACCGUGAACGCUCUGACGUCCGAGCUGCGGGACCUACGGGCCCAGCUGGAGGAGGCUGCUGCGGCCCACGCCCAGGAGGUGAGGAGGCUGCAAGAGCAGGCCCGAGACCUGGGCAAGCAGCGGGACUCCUGUCUUCGCGAGGCAGAAGAGCUUCGGACCCAGCUGCGUCUGCUGGAGGAUGCCCGUGAUGGGCUGCGGCGGGAGCUGCUAGAGGCCCAGCGCAAGCUGCGUGAGAGCCAGGAGGGCCAGGAGGUGCAGCGCCAGGAGGCAGGCGAGCUGCGGCGCAGCCUGGGCGAGGGCGCCAAGGAGCGCGAGGCCCUGCGGCGCUCCAACGAGGAGCUUCGGGCCGCUGUGAAGAAGGCAGAAAGCGAGCGCAUCAGCCUGAAGCUUGCCAAUGAGGACAAGGAGCAGAAGCUGGCACUCCUAGAGGAGGCACGGACAGCCGUGGGCAAGGAGGCUGGGGAGCUGCGAACUGGACUGCAGGAGGUGGAGCGCUCGCGGCUGGAGGCUCGGCGGGAGCUGCAGGAGCUCCGGCGUCAGAUGAAGAUGCUGGACAGUGAGAACACCAGACUGGGCCGGGAGCUGGCGGAGCUGCAGGGCCGCCUGGCACUGGGCGAGCGGGCAGAGAAGGAGAGCCGGCGGGAGACCCUGGGCCUCCGGCAGAGGCUGCUGAAGGGCGAGGCCAGCCUGGAGGUGAUGCGGCAGGAGCUCCAGGUAGCCCAGCGGAAGCUGCAGGAACAAGAAGGCGAGUUCCGGACCCGCGAGCGACGCCUGCUGGGCUCCCUGGAGGAGGCGCGUGGCACUGAAAAGCAGCAGCUGGACCACGCCCGCGGCCUAGAGCUGAAGCUGGAGGCGACGCGGGCCGAGGCUGCAGAGCUGGGCCUGCGGCUGAGCGCAGCCGAGGGCCGGGCUCAAGGCCUGGAAGCCGAGCUGGCCCGCGUGGAGGCGCAGCGGCGCGCGGCGGAGGCCCAGCUGGGUGGCCUGCGCUCGGCUCUGCGCCGGGGCCUUGGCCUCGGUCGUGCGCCCAGCCCAGCCCCGCGGCCGGUGCCCGGCUCCCCUGCCCGGGACGUACCCGCAGGAGGAAGUGGGGAUGGGCUCAGCAGCCCCAGCACCUUAGAAUGCAGCCCUGGGUCCCAGCCACCAUCUCCAGGACCUGCCACCUCCCCAGCUCCUCCAGACCUGGACCCGGAGGCCGUGCGCGCGGCCCUCCGGGAAUUUCUGCAGGAGCUGCGCAGUGCCCAGAGAGAACGGGAUGAUCUUCGGACCCAGACCAGUGCCCUGAGUCGCCAGCUGGCUGAGAUGGAGGCUGAGAGAGACCACGCAACCUUGAGGGCCAGGCAGCUGCAGAAGGUGGUGGCUGAGAGUGAGGAAGCCCGGCGCAGUGUGGAUCGGCGGCUGAGCGGGGUCCAGGCGGAGCUGGCGCUGCAGGAGGAGAGUGUGCGGCGCAGUGAGCGGGAGCGCCGGGCCACGCUGGACCAGGUAGCCACACUGGAGAGGAGCCUGCAGGCCACUGAGAGCGAGCUCCGGGCCAGCCAGGAGAAGAUCAGCAAGAUGAAGGCCAAUGAGACAAAGCUGGAGGGCGACAAGCGGCGCCUGAAGGAGGUCCUGGACGCCUCCGAGAGCCGCACCGUCAAGCUGGAGCUGCAGCGGCGCUCGCUUGAGGGGGAGCUGCAGCGCAGCCGCCUAGGCCUGAGUGACCGCGAGGCCCAAGCCCAGGCCCUCCAGGAUCGAGUGGACUCCCUGCAGAGACAGGUGGCAGACAGCGAGGUGAAGGCAGGGACCCUGCAGCUGACCGUGGAGCGGCUGAACGGGGCCCUGGCCAAGGUGGAGGAAAGCGAGGGGGCCCUGCGGGACAAGGUGCGGGGCCUGACAGAGGCCCUAGCCCAGAGCAGUGCCAGCCUCAACAGCACCCAGGACAAGAACCUGCAUCUACAGAAGGCUCUGACCGCCUGUGAACAUGACCGCCAAGUGCUCCAGGAACGGCUGGAGGCUGCCCGGCAGGCGUUAUCUGAGGCACGGAAGCAAAGCAGCUCUCUGGGCGAGCAGGUGCAGACGUUGCGAGGCGAGGUGGCUGACCUGGAGCUGCAGCGGGUGGAGGCCGAGGGCCAGCUACAACAGCUACGGGAGGUGCUGCGGCAGCGGCAGGAUGGUGAGGCUGCAGCCCUGCACAUGGUCCAGAAGCUGCAAGAUGAGCGGCGGCUGCUGCAGGAGCGCCUGGGCAGCCUGCAGCGCGCCCUGGCUCAGCUGGAAGCCGAGAAGCGGGAGGUGGAGCGCUCAGCCCUGCGGCUGGAGAAGGACCGUGUAGCCCUCAGGAGGACACUGGACAAGGUGGAGCGGGAGAAGCUUCGUAGCCACGAGGACACAGUGCGGCUGAGCGCAGAGAAGGGCCGCCUGGACCGCACCCUCACGGGAGCUGAGCUGGAGCUGGCAGAGGCGCAGAGGCAGAUCCAGCAGCUGGAGGCGCAGGUGGUGGUGCUGGAGCAGAGCCACAGCCCAGCCCAGCUGGAGGUAGACGCGCAGCAGCAGCAGCAGCUGGAGCUGCAGCAGGAGGUGGAACGACUGCGCAGUGCCCAGGUGCAGACUGAGCGCACGCUGGAGGCUCGGGAGCGGGCCCACCGCCAGACGGUGUGUGGGCUGGAGGAGCAGGUGUGCAGGUCUCCUCGGAAGGCUGGGCCAGGAUCAUGUGUGGGACUGGAGGAAGAGGAGAGACCCAGUCAAGACCUCGUGGGUGUCCACACUGAAGGGACAGUUGCAGCAGGAGCUUCGAAGGAGCUCAGCACCUUUCUCCCCAUCCUCCGGCCCCCCAGAGAAAUGAGCCCCUCCUGGCAUCUGGAAAAAGGCCCUGUGCCCGGGACAGGGGAGGGCCCUCCUUUUGGACAGCCCACCCCCCAGAGCCCAGUCCCCUGGGGGCCUCAAGCUGGGGUGGGAUGAGGAGGCGCUCUCUGGCAGUGCUGAGGAGGGGUACUCCAGCUCCAGGCCUGGAGGGGCUUCCCAGCAUCGCCUGCAGGCCCCACCUCAGUCCAGCCUCCCUCUUCCAGGAUGAGCCACUGUAGAUCGUACCGGUUCCUCCUUGAGGGGCUGAGCCGCAGCCAGGGUUGGGGAGAGCCCUCGUCUCUGGUCAGCCCUGGAGCAAGGGCUCGUGGGAAAGGGGGCAGGGGUCAGAGGCCCAGUCCCUGACUCUGGCUUCCCAGAGAUCUGUCCACUUUAGUUGAGAGUGUGUGUCAGGAAAUUCCUCAGAGUGCUCAGAGUCCCUGUAUUUUUAUACCUUUUUACGAUGUUAACUGUUCCGAACUGUUUUUUGUAACAAGACCUCCUUUU